UUUAAGACCUAAACUAAAGGGUUUAUGACUCAAGAAGGAUUUGCUCUCUCGUCUUCUUCAUCUCCUCUCUCGGUUCCAAUGAAGGUUUUUGCUACCUUCUAACCUCUCUUCUCUCUCCCUAGAAAUGGCACAGACACCAAUCUCUCUCCUUCUCUUAAGACGCCUGACUCUCUCAUCCCAAAACCCUAAAUCCCCACUCUCUCUCCUCCUCUUUAACAACUUUUACCUUAAACCCUACUCAACCACCACAACUGAUAACCCCUCCACUGAGCAACCAAAACCCAGCCCUCUCUCAGCUCGAUUAAGCUUUGUCUUUGAUCAAAUUGAUUCCAUUGAACGUGAGCGUGCUGAAAAACACCAAACCCUCCAAAAAAUCCGUGCUUGGCGCCAAUCCAAAGACCCCCCACAGCAAGAACAGCAAGAGCAAAACCCAGAAACCAUUACUACCCGAAACCCAGAACUUGUUUGGUCUCAAAACCCAGAAACGAUUCUCUCUCAAAAUGAAAAUUUGGAAUCUGGGCUAAGUGAUGAUGGUGAUUCUAGCGUUGAUCUUGAAGAGUCUGAUCUGAUAGAGUUGAAGAGGAAGGAAGUGGAGUUGGUGCAUCCAUGGCCAGAGUGGAUAGAGUUGAUGGAGAGAUUGGUGCAACAGAAUUAUUUUGAUCAUAGAAGGAAAGUUGCGGACAAUAUGGUAGAAAGUUUGGGACUUGAUGUUUCUGGGGUUGGGUAUGAUUGUGAUGGUGAUGGUGUUGGCAUUGAUUUUAAUGAUUACAAAACUGUACAGACUGCUUGUCUUAAUUUUGGCAAAGACCGGUUUGAUAUCUUCAGGUCAUUGUCGAGACAGGAUAUUCAAAUUUUGGUAGGCUAUGGAUGCCCAAGCGUGGACAAGAAGGUUGUCUUCUCUUCAAAGCUUUUGAGGAAGCAUGUCCACCUUGAUGAAGGGGAUGUCUGUAGUAACUGCAGUCUGAGGAGCUCAUGUGAAAGAGGAUAUCUAGUAACUAAUAAAGAGGAUGAGGCACGGACUAUUGACCUUAUGAGGGUUCUUUUAGCUCAUGGUUUUGAAUCAAUAAAUGGAUCGGUAACCAAUAAGUCUCUUCUGAAACAAAAAUCCGUUAGAACUGUUGUUCGUAAGUUACUUCAUGAGGUUGUAAAGUUGGGUGCAGUUCCAAUAGAUCCAAAUCUCCCCCCUCCAGUGAUUAAAAGGCCUCCACCAAAAGUGAAGCAACCUCCUCCUCCUCCCAGGAAACGAGUUGGACGUGAUGACAUUGAGAUGAAAAGGGGGGAUUGGCUGUGUCCCAAGUGUGACUUCAUGAAUUUUGCCAAGAAUGCAGUGUGCUUACAAUGUGAUGCAAAGCGGCCCAAGAGACAGUUGCUUCCAGGGGAAUGGGAAUGCCCAGAGUGUAACUUCUUAAAUUAUAGGAGAAACAUGGCAUGUUUCCAUUGUGAUUGCAAGCGUCCACCUGAUGCAUUUAUGGAAAAUAAAAUGGAAGAAAGGCAAUAUGGUAGCAGAACAAGGUCGGAGAAGAUUGUCAGCCGCCAAGAAGUUUCAAAUGCCUGGAAUUUUGACUUUGAUGACAAUGAAUCAGAUGGGGCAGAUGUUGCUGCUUUUGAGCAUGCAGAUUCUGCAUCAAUGGUUGAAGACUCGCCUCUGGAGAGUCAAGCUAAGGAAGGAGAUUUUGGACGGAAUGCAGACGCUUUAAAUGGAACCAGAAGGAUUUCAAGGGUCCAUGAAAGAGAAUAUUCUGAUCCUGGGCAUGACGGAUUUGGAAGGGGGUUUGAUGAUUUUGAUGAUGAAGAUGAUAUUAACAGUUAUGAAAUAGAUACCCAAAAUAAUAAACCUGCAUGGAAGACUUCUCAAAACAAUUUUUCUGAUCAAGGGAUUUCUGAAUUGGAAGGCGAUGGAGGUUCUGAUGACAAUUUGGGCAGCCGGCUCAUGACAAAUCCUUCUGUUAAGCCAUCAAAGCCCAGGAGUCAAAGAGCAACUUUCUCUGGCUCUGAUGGGAACGAACUGGGUAUUGAUUCAGAUGAAGAGCGCUCAGUUCAUCCGAAAUGGAAAUCCAGUCAUGUUGCUGAUGUUAGACACAAAAAUAGAGGUAGAGGUCCAACGGGCCCUUCCAAGGGAUUAAGUUUUGGGUCAGACGAAGAACUUGAGCUUGAUUCUGAUGUGGAUGAUGAUUUUGGUUCCCGCCAGAGGAAACAGAGAACAAAGGGUUCUGGUAGAAGAAAUGAGAGAAAUUCUGAUUGGGAAGAUGCUUCCAUUUCUGGUUCAGAAUCCGAUGGCAAUGAUCGGCGUUCCUGGAGAAAUAAGUCAGGAGGUAACAAAACUGGAUUUGGUAGAAGAGAUAGCAAUUUUAGGGAUUGUGAUAAUGACUUUGUGAGAGACAAUGAGAUGAGAACGAAUGGUAAGAUGGGUGAUAGAAGAAAGUCUUGGGGUGAUAAUUUUGAUAGAUCAUCACCUGGUCCCCAUGGUAAAAAUAGAGGAUUUCAAGGCAAUGACCGUUCUGGGUGGAAAAUGAAUGAUGCAGGUGGUGACAGAAGAAAGUCUUGGAGUAAUGAUUUCGAUAGAUCAUCACCAGGUCCUCAUGGUAAAAAUAGAGGAUUUCGAGGCAAUGACCAUUCUGGGUGGAAAAUGGAUGAUGCAGGUGGUGACAGAAGAAAGUCUUGGAGUGAUGAUUUUGAUAGAUCAUCACCAGGUCCUCAUGGUGGUAAAAACAGAGGAUUUCGAGGCAAUGACCGUUCUAGGUGGAAAAUGGAUGAUGCAGGUGGUGACAGAAGAAAGUCUUGGAGUGAUGAUUUCGAUAGAUCAUCACCAGGUCCUCAUGGUAAAAGCAGAGGAUUUCGAAGCAAUGACCGUUCUGGGUGGAAAAUGGAUAAUGCAGGUGGUGAUUCACGGAAUUUUAAUGGACCAAAACGAGAAGGAUUUAGAAAACAGCAAGGAGGAAGGUCGCAAGAAUACAACAUGGACAAGGAUCCUGGUGAAUUUAGAAAUAGCCGACGUGUUAUUGAGAGGUAAAUUUGAGCUACAAAUGACAAGCAUGUACCGUUUCAGAACAUGAUUAGUAUUGCUGCUAAUAGCUCGCAGCUGUGAAAUCAAGUUGUCAUGUUGACUUUACCUGGGAAGGCUGUGAUCGGAAAGCAGAGAUGAAAAAUGCAAAAAUCUUCAAAUGUGCUAGUGCUGCUUUCUUUUGUAUACGCCGACUGCCACUAGUUGCUCCACCCUCAAGAAUAAUGCCAUAUUUGCUGCUUUACCCUGUAAGUGAGAUUUGGUGGGUCACCUGUUUUUUUAUAUUUUUCAUCGUACUGUUGUCAAAUUUGAGAUUGAGUGUCGGUAAUAGAAGGAAAGAAAAGGAAACCAAUGACCUGCUUUGGUCUUUACAUCCUAGCA